AUGGACAUAAAUGGUUCCACACCUUUACACUAUGCCAUAAACGUGCCUUCAUGUCAUAUGAUGAAAAUGCUGAUUGAAGAGGACGCUAGUGUGAAUGCACCAAAUAAAAGUGGAACUGUACCUAUCCACAUUGCCAUGACAUGGAAUGAUGAAGAUAUGAGUUUCUUUGACUUGCUACAUAAAAGUGGAGCAGAUAUUGAAGCGACCGACUUUAAUGGAUCUACCGUAGCACACUAUGCCGCUUGGUAUCCAGCCGGAGGAUAUCCUUACUGUGUAGAAUUCCUGCGAAACUUGGUUAACCUUAAGCGAAAGGACAUGCAAGGAAAUACUGCUGUUAGUCUUGCAAAAUUUAUUGGUAACCAUCAGUUUGUUGAGCUGUUGGAAUGUGAUGAUGAGAGUGCAGAUGAUAGUAGCAGUAGUGAGGGACAGCCUUCCGAAAUGAAUGAGGAAAUUGAGAAGAGCAAUGGAAGUGAUCAAGAGAAUACUUCACUAGAAGAGGAUGAAGCUGAUGACAGCGACAUAGAUAUUGAUCUAUUCACACCAAUCAAAGAGGAGGAAAUUCCACAAUUCAUAGAACAGUUUAAAUUGUUUAAUGGAAAUACUCUCAAUCGUGUCAUAGAAAACCCAUAUUUUGAUAAAAUUGCAUAUUCACGAGAAGUCCACUAUAUCCAGAAUUCUACAGUGUAUAGAUGA